GCCCGCAUCCUCGCCAGUAUAUACCCGGAGCGCCGGCCCCGCACGCAAAGCAGUCCCGUCUGUUCGCGGCCAGACACCACCGCCCACUUAGCCACAGCCACUCGCUCCAACGCAGGUGCCACCAUGAGGACCGCUGUAGUCGCCAUCUUUGCUGUUACCAUCGUGCUGAGCGCGCAAGCGCAGUACGAUCCCUGCGGCAAGGGCGAGCCAUGUCCCGAUGGCGAGUGCUGCAUGAUCACCGGCGUCAGAUACGGCACGCCCUCUUGUCACCCUCUGCGCGCCAGUGGUGACAUCUGCCGGCCACACUCGAAACCGCAGAACUUCACGCUGUCUGCCGGCCCAUUCGAAGCGGCUACUCUGUUCACGGACGUCUACUGGGCCGUAUGUCCCUGCCAGUCGGGCCUGGAGUGCGCCGGUGGAACCUGCGUCUAGCUGCCUCAACCGCUCACCGACUCACCGCGACAACUUCAUCAGCACGACGAAGCGAACUCGAAGAUUCAUACUUUGGAAUAUUCAGAGAGUAGAAAACCAGUACAACGUACAAUACGUCACGGCAGUCAAGUGGACGAACGCUGUUUUGCCACAGUUUUCAUCUGAUAUCACCGUUGCCACCAUCCUUUCCGUCUGUCGUCAAUCACGAAGUCAUUUUAAUGGAAUUGUAGUUGCCAGAUUGUGGACACUUCCAACUGAAAAACGUAUCUCACCUUAAUACAUUGUAGACUGUUAUUGUUAAUCGACUAUCAUCUCUCUGCACCGUUCCCACCCCUCUCCCACCUAGCCUUAAUCUCAUCAUGUCUCAUAUCGCGCUCAGUCGCUGAGUUUUUCAUCUAAGCACUGUAGUUAGUACAUAUUAAACCCAUUUAUGGUAUUCGGAGCAUUAUUCACGCUUAAAUUAUACAUCGAGAUAUGCUUCAGGAACACUUUAGAUGUUCUAGGGGCACUUCCUAUAAAGGACAUUUCAAGACAUUAAUCGAACAGAAUACUCUACCCAUAAUAAAGCAUCACCUCGAAAACGAAACUCUUCAAGCGUUAUCUGUCAAUCUCAAAUCACCGCUCCCUUUUUCUGGUGCACUAUGUUGCCCAAGACUCAGCCCUAGUGUGAGAAGACAGUAUCUGUCGUUUUACACGUAAAUAGUAUACGACUGGAAUACAUAAUGUAGAAUGUAUUGAGUGAGGCUACGCUGCGAAUGAGGGACUUCGGUUUCGUAUUCCAGGUGAAUGUCGUUCAAAUUAAAUUUCUGCCCAUCUCAGUUAAGAUGGUCUUUGGUCUCCCUGAAUCACCCAAGUCAAAUGCCGAGAUAGUUCUCUCCAGGAAUAAAAGAGAAAACCUUGGCCGAUUUCCUGCCACAUUCUUGAUCCUUGUACAGUCAGAGUUUGUACUCCAAUCCCCUAGGCAUCGUGACAUUACGUUGAACCCUAAUUUUGUCCCUCUAUGGAUUCGCGUUAACAAAUUCAGUAAUCGAAGUACACAGGGUGGUAUUGGCCUCUACAAAGAAAACUACUACAUCACUUGUCAAUAAAUUCCCUUUUAACACGGUCAUACAGUCAAAUGUGCAUUUGUGAUCUUGAACAUGUAGUGUCUCUCGUGUUGAAAAUGUAGUGCCUCUCAUGAUUUGGAGUGAUGCUCAAAAUGCCAGCAUUUUCCACUGAUUUUAUCAGUGAGAUCCCGUGUCCGAUAAUUUUUUUUGCAGAAAAUGGUUGAUUUUUGAAACUUACGCACCUGUUUCAGCUAUUUAUAGAAUACAUCGUGACACUUCUUUCCGUAGAUUCCUUGUACUUUUGCCCCUUAUUGUCUGGAAAUGGUCAAAUGCUAACCAUGAUAAAUUCCAUAAAAAUUUCUGCUUGCGUUUCCAUCCCAUCAUUCAUCUUUACUAAGUGCCCAUUCAUCGCCAAUAAAUUACGUGAAUGGGAAAUUAAAUAAAAAUAUUGCUUAUUUACGCAAAUAGAUUGUAUCGCACAUUGACCAUGCUGUUAACUUACUGUUAACUUGCUGUGGCUUACUUUUAAGUUGCUGUAUAGUAAUUUGACUAUUCUGCACACUGAAGUGAAGAAUGAGCUCCACUAUUGUAUUUGCUGUGUACAGUUUUUGUAAGACAUGACACCAAUCAAGUAUAAAUAAAAUUGUAUAUGGUUUCACAAAA